AUGGCCAACAGCAGUUUCAAAGGAGACUUCAUCUUGGUGGGCUUCUCUGAUCAGCCACAGCUGGAAAAGAUACUUUUUGUGAUUGUUUUAGUGUCCUAUCUCCUUACACUUGUGGGAAAUACAGUCAUUAUUUUGAUCUUGUUUAUAGACCCUAAACUUAAGACACCCAUGUACUUUUUACUCACUCAUCUCUCGCUAGUCGAUAUCUGCUUUACCACUAGCAUUGUCCCCCAGAUGCUGUGGAACCUAAGAGGACCAGCCAAGACCAUUACACCACUGGGCUGUGCUGUCCAGCUCUAUGUCAUAGUGUUCUUGGGCUCCACUGAGUGUGUCCUCUUGGCUGUGAUGGCUUUUGAUUGCUAUGCUGCUGUUUGCAAACCCCUCCACUAUUCAGCUGCGAUGAACCCACGGCUGUGCCAGGCUUUGGCAGGUGUUGCAUGGUUGAGUGGAAUGGAAAAUAGUCUCAUCCAGGGUGGCUGCAAGUCGGAACCGACUUCACGGCACAUAACCACCACCAUGGACAUAUAG